CAGAUUGGUAUCCAAAUGGUGGAAGCAACUAUCGGAAUCUGAUAAAUCGAAAUGGCAAAAACGUUAUCACAUCAACAGAGAUCAAAACCUCCUCAUUUCGGCUACAAAUGAUGAGCCCAUAUCAAAACGUUUGAAAAUCGAUUGCUUUUUGUCGGAAAAUCCUGCAAAGGAAGUUUUAGAUAGCAUCGACGAUUUCUAA